AGUUACGCGGAGGGUUUUGACUUGCGCUCUCUUCCCCUACGAGCUCACAAAAUUUGCCGAUUGUACCAGAGAGUAUGCGGCUACGUUGAGUUUUUGCUGUCCGGCUUUUCCUGUAAGGAUUCUGCCCUGGAUCUUUCCCUUCUAGGGAUGCCUAGGAUAAAUCCCACCAUGUGCUUCUCCCUGAAUCACACGUCACUCCUUCACCAGUACCUGAGCUGCUACGGAGCUCCGCUCCGGCCGCAGCUGCCCCUCCGCCCCUGUUUGGUUCGGCAGCCCAAGCGCCAGCACCUGAGGAAACGGGUGGUAUUCGCUGACAUGAAGGGGCUGGCCCUGGUUACUGUGCAUAAGUUUUUUGGUGAUACUAAAGAGAAACUGCAGCCCUUGAGCAGAGUGCUGCGGCUGGUGCCAGCCUGCCCUAUGGAGGUGUCCAGCUAUGCCCUUGGUUUCCCUCAGCCCUUGGAUGACUACGGUCGCUUCUGCAAGUGCCUGGAGGCCCAGAAGGUGUGCCUGGAACAGUGUGCUGUGCAGGGGCGCUUCUUGCAAGGUACAAUUCAAGUGCGCAACGUGGGAUAUGAGAAGAUUGUGCAAAUGCGCAUCACUUUCAGUGCCUGGACUUCUUACUUUGAUGUGCCUUGUGUUUAUGUGCCUCAUCUUUUCCGAGGUGAAACAGACACCUUCACUUUCCAGGUGGCAUUGCCCAGUGGUCCUCCAGGCCCAGCUGGCACCAUCCAGUUCUGCUUCUCUUUUCAGUGUGCUCAGCAGAUUUACUGGGACAAUAACCAGGGUUCUAAUUAUCACCUGAAGCCCUCAGACUUCCCACCUGUUCACCCUGUCAGUGAGCAUAGUCCUGAGUCUCCCCUUUGA